AUGACCGAUCUCACACAUAGUUUUUCGUCCCAAAGAAGAUCUUACCCCCCCCCCCCCCCUUCUAUCUUCCACUAG